AGUGGGCCUCGCCUGGCUGCUGGCGCUGCUCGCGAACUCGGUCGCGCACACGCGCUGCUGGGGGCAGUUAUUCCUCACUCAUCAGCGACUCUGAGGUGUGCCGUGUGUUGUGGAAGGAUCUUACCUGUUCAAGAGCUGGUCUUGUGGAACAACAGUGGAGACCCAUUUAAACCAGUUUCUUCACAAGCUUUUAAAGGAAGCUUGCUUCCAGAACCAUCUGGAAGAAGAUGUCUUAUGGUUCCAUUGAUGGGAGUGGAUUUGGAAGCCGAAACACCUUUGGGGGCCCUUCAAGACAUGGAUACCAACCUUUAGCCACACAGAUUGAUCCCAACGAACUCCAGGAACUUUUCCAGGAUGCAUCUGCCGGCAUCUUCCGAAUUAAUGCCAACGUGACAUCUCUGGAAAGGAGCCUGAAGUCUCUUGGAACACCCAACGACACACCAGAACUGCGUGAUGGGCUGCACACGACGCAGCAAGAGACCAACAAAACUGUCACAACUUGCACAAAUGCUAUCCGGCAGUUGUCUGAGGUCAUUCGGGGUUCUUCUAGGCAAGAACGACUACAGCUGGACCGGCUGAAGAACCAACUUUCUGAUGCCAUCCAGCGAUAUGGCACAGUCCAAAAGAAAAUUGCCGAGAAGUCCAAAGCUCUGCUUCCCAAGGGACAGAAAAAUAGGAAGCAGCAAAGUCCGAGGACUCCCUUUGCUGAUCUGGCCGAUGACGAGAAGAUCUUCAAUGGGGGUGACAGCGUGUGGUUGGAGCAGAACCAGGAACAUGCGCUGCUGUCUGAAAUCACAGAGGAGGACCUGGAAGCCAUCCGCCAGCGGGAGGAAGCCAUCCAGCAGAUCGAGAGCGAUAUGUUGGAUGUUAACCAGAUUAUCAAGGACCUGGCCUCCAUGGUAUAUGAGCAGGGAGACUCGAUAGAUAGCAUCGAAGCCAACAUAGAGACUGCGUCUUCGAAUGUAGACUCUGCCAAUGAGCAGUUGGCCAAGGCCAGCCAGCACCAGCGGCAAGCUCGGAGGGUGAAGUGCUGCGUGAUCUCUGCAGGGCUGGUGGUUCUUCUGGGCUUCAUCAUAAUCAUCGCCAUUUCGGUCAAGAAUUAAGCCUGCCAGGUCUCCAUGGGGCACACGAUCACGUCAUCCAGUGGAAGAGAAGCCAAAGGCGUUGCACAUUCGGGCCAUGCAUCAGUGUCAACGUUGCCGAAUAAAUUACAUUAAAAAGUGUUGUAGCCAAUAAACAGUGCAAUUAUGUAAGAAGGAAAAAUAA